CUGUUGAGCAGACAGGUGCACAAGUCAAGUCAGUAUUUCCAAAAGACAUUCGUGAUAUAUUACUAAGACAAGAGAGACAUUAAGUAAUAAUAACCACAAGGAAAAUAAAACCGUGAAGUCUGAAAAAAAAAGAAUCAUACUGAGAUUGCAGUGAGUGGUGGGUAGGGCUUGACAAGCCCAGCAUUGUCACAUAGCAAAUCUUAGUUCUUCACAACAAUCGCACUUGUGCUGUAAGAUAUCAAGAACACGGCAGAGGAUUUAAACACGUAUUCACUUCAAAUUUGAAAGCUGCAGUACUGCACCUGAAGAACUUCGCUGAUAGAGAUGGCACGCAAGAUCAGGAGAGUGAGCGGGGAAGCGGUGGGCGAGGUGCACGGGGCGAGGAGAGUCCAUCGAGCUGGAUCAAGGAGCUGUAUCUUCUGUAACAGUCACCAUACUAGUGGAACUACAGAGAUCUCGAACACAACCAAUGAGGCAGUCAACAUCGGCGUAGUGUCAUCUGUUAUCGAUAUCAACAAUUCAAAUAGCGCCAUCAUGAGAAACGACACAGCGGUAACAAUGAUGACCAUCUCAGUGCCCCAACACAGUCAAGUAAAUCUUUCUGUAGAAGAAAACCUUCCUCCCACCAUCUACCGUAUCCAUGCUGUCACCCUCAGCUCGACUGGUCUAAAUAACACGGACGGCAAUCCCUGGUCACUUGACUUUAGCACUGGCGACCAAGAACUGUUGCACACUCUCCUGAUGACUAUCCGCUGCAGCGCCAACACGACUCUUCCAUAACAUGAAUGGACCGUAACCUUGAGCGUCGGAGCAGCGCCUUGAUGACAUGCAGGAAGCCUGGAGAAGGUUUCUAUGAAGUGACGAGACGGGAUGAACAGCUUGAAGGCUUUCUGUCAUCACCAAGUGGCCAACGAAGCAUCAUCGUAUAAAAAUCGUCUGCUAGAAUCAUGAUGAUGAAACAUGAAAUGGACAUCAAGCUGGCACGACCACAACAAUCCUUCUUUACACUUCAUUCUAUCAGUAUUACCUCAAAACUUUCAUCUGAAUGUUAACUGCAGUACACCAUUUUAUAUUUUCAUAACUUACAUGUAAAUAAAACAUUUAAUGUGCUAA